GGAAUCUUUCUUCCUCUUCAACCGUGCAGGCUGAUCCCACGUUACUCCUAUACUCCUCCUUUUUAUGCUCUCUCUCUCUCUCUCUACAUAUCUUCUCUUUCUCUCUUCUUCUCAGAGAGACAGAAGACAAACCAACAUUUUCUCAGCUUCAUUCUGGAAUGAGCUUAUAGUUAUAUAAGUUCAUGGGAUUUUCAUGCGAGGGUCACUUUGAAGAAAAAGAGAGGGAGUUUGAAUUAAUAGAUGAGACUAGUGUAACAAGACAGAACAGUAUCAUCAUGGAAGUGUAUCAUCAAAAUCAUCAUGGGGUUGAUAUAAACACAGAUUUCUUCCCAGUUGAACAUCCUAUGGAGCCACCAGAUGAAGAUCGUCCUGUGAAAUGCCCAAUGCCUGAAUCUUCAGUCAUUCGUGAUGAAAGGAUGCAUGAAAAGAGGAAUGCAGAAAGCUUAAGGAAGAGAGGGGAGAUAUCCGGGGCCAUUAUGGGACAAAGAACAGCUUCCAUGGAUACAGAAGCCCCAGCUCAAGGAGUACGAAAGCGGCAUCACACCCUCACACAUGGAUCUGUAGGAGACAUUGUGAUGACUCCAUUAAUGAGAAUGCCACCUCUCCCUCCCCUACAAUCCCAGAAUUUCACUAUCUUUCAAGUGCUUCAGCAGUUGGACAAGUUUGAGUCUUAACAAAGAAUUAAAUUCCAUUACAACAUUCCAUGCAACGAGGGAUGCAUCUUGAUCAUAACUAGGCAACAGAACUUCAAAAUAGAGCAAGACCAACCGGAAGCAUUGGUUCGCAUGAAGAACCCCAAGUUUUCAUCAUAUGUAGUUUUGUCAAAAGAACGUAUUUUUCAUGUUUUCUAUUCAUCAAGAUAUUAUUAUACUUUAAAGAGUGUUUUCAAAUGAGCAGAUAACACAAUUUCAAGUACUUGUUAAAAUGCAAGAUGGAAUUU